AUGCAUUGGCGGACUGCGCACGUCGAGCGGCCGUGGAAAGAAAGCUUCCCCUACCAUAUCUCCCGAGGUCUCCGCAGCGGUGAUGACGGAGAUGGUGAGGAGGAUCGGGGAGGCGAGGAAGAGAGGAGACCUGGCAAGCAGAUCGGCGAUCUGCUGAAGCCGUACCUGACCUCGGAGUCUAAGAUACUGAUGCUGGGGUGCGGGAACUCGAACAUGUCCGAGCAGAUGUACAGACACGGCUUCGAGGACAUCCUCAACGUGGACAUCAGCGAGAACCUGCUCGAGAAGCUGCGCCAGAGGCUCUCCGCGUCCGCGCCGCGCAUGCGCUGGCAGUACGCCAACGCCUCGGCGCUGGACUUCCCCGAGAAGUCGUUCGACGUCAUAAUAGAUAAGGGCACGUUCGACGCCAUGGAGCAGAACAAACCCCUGGUGGCCGCAGCGUUCCGCGAGGCGCACCGAACGCUUCGGCCGGGCGGUUUCUUGAUCUCCGUGACCUUUAACUCGGCGCUGCAGCGCGUGGAGAACCAGUUGCGGCAGGCCGACGACUGGGGCGACUGCAGAACGGUCGUCUUCGAGCGGCCCGCCCAGAAGCAGAGAUACUACCUCCACGCGUGCCAGCGCGAGCAAUGA